CCGACACGCGCCUGAACAUUCAACGAUGGCGGCCGUCGAAAUGCAGGCGGUGCUCCGACACAUCUUCAAUGGUGAUCAGCCCAUGCUAGCUGCCACGGCCGACCGUCGCAGUGAUCUGCGCGCCGCACUGUUCGCCCUCCAACAAGAUAUUUGCGCAGGAACGCAUUACGCGCCUGUCGAGGUCGUGGCAGUGGUUAAAAUCCGUGUUGCUGGUCGAGAGGUAAUACCAUUAGUGCCAACCAAGGAACAUGUCUACACGGUGACUAUCACGGACAGAGCUUUCGAUAUGGAAGAGUUCAAAUCGAAGAAAAUGACGAAUCAACCCAUUACUGAGACGAUGACGGCCGCAUUGACGAAAGAAAUAGCCAAUGGUAUCAGCAAGAGCACGAAGCGAAAGGCUUCUGAAAGUGCAGACAUUGAUGACGAAGUCGUGGAAGUGGGUGCAACAAAGCGCACGCGCAUUGAAGCGAACGGAAGCGUCGCGGCGGAGAUUGCCAGCAAAGCGCCUGUGCCUGCGGAAAGAGGGACGCAGGCCCACGAAGAGACAAUGACCUUUCUUCGCGACUGGCGACGCGAAUGGCAAUCGCAAGGCGGCUGGCUCUUCGAUACUCUAAAUGCGGCCAAGACCACGCAUGCCUCUGCAGAUGUUGCGCGAUCGCAUCAACUGUCCACAAUGCAAACCGUGCUCAAUUCAGCGCUCGAGCGGGAUCGAGCAGCCGCACAACGCGAACGCGCGAGUACUCAGCAGACCUUGCUUUACAUUGAGAAAGAGCGAACGGCUUUGGCGCAGAAGAUGGAGACUCGCGAAAAUGAAUGGCGGUCAAGCAGUGCGACAUUUCACGAUCGUUCCAAGACGGAAAGGCAAGAGGUCGAGGCUAGGAUCGAAGAGAAGCUGGCAAGGCAGGAGAGGCUCUUGGCCAGGAUAGCGAAAGCGGGAGGAAUCAGCAUGGAAGGAGAUGGCCCUGAGAACGACCAGGGAUCACCAGCCGAGAGCGAUGGGAGUUUGGGAGCACAGUUGGCAGCUGAGUUGGAAGCGGACGCGUCGCGUGCGGCAGAACCGUCAGCAACAGGAGCUUCAGCUGCGGAAGAUUGAGCAGUAGCUCGAAGACAAUGAUCACAUUUCUGGCUUGUUCGUUGAGCUUCUUGUUAUGCUCUCAAAACAGCACCACUUGGGCUACCCAAAACUACCAUCCACGACACCGGAUCCAAACGUCUUCGAUCCGGUCAGGGUCAGCCUUGUCCGAGUCCACAACCAAGUACCAGCCGAAAUUUGCACCAGCAAUACACGACUAUCGCGCUCGAGCGUCAGCAUAUUAUCGGACUUGCAGAGCUUGAGAGCUCUGCGCACAAGUUUGCGCGGCUUCUGAAUACGACUUACAUGAUUCGGCCAGAUCAGCAAUUUCUCUCCCAAUGCCAGCGGCCGCACGUUUUCCGAGCGGCCUUCCCAUGUCAAGAUUCCAUGUUCUUGGCUGAUCCGACCAACUAUCCAACCCUCGCGUUGCUCUUCG